AUUUACAGAGUUUUCUUUGUAAAAUUUAAUUUUAAAAGAAAAAGUUAAAAAGAACUAGUCUUACCCAUUUUAAAAUCUUUUUUAAAUCACUAGGUAAAAUUUUGCUAUUGUCUUAACUCAAAUUUACAUGCUUAAUGCAUUUAUAAAGUGUAUAAAAGAAAAUAAUUGCUUUACAAAAGAUAUGAAGAGCUUUAGGAAUUUUUCACCAGAUCUUGAGGAAUCAAGCAGCAGUGAUGAGCAUCCUGAUUUUGCAGAUAGACGACGGAUAUUCCGAAGACAAAUUAAUGCAAAAACAACAACAAAUAUAACAAAGCUACAAACAGCUCCGUCAACGAGUUUAGCAAAAAUGGGUGUCACAGGCAAUUCUCAAGAUGGUAAUAACCACGAACGUAUAACAUUACUGGUUGAUAAUACACGAUUCAUAAUUGAUCCAAGUCUUUUAGUUCAACAUCCAAAUUCUUUGUUAGGACGGAUGUUCUCAUCUGGAAUUGAAUGGCAAGUGCCAAACGAGAGAGGUGAAUAUGAGGUUGCUGAAGGACUAUCAUCGACUGUAUUCCGAGCAAUCCUAGACUAUUAUAAAUGUGGAUAUAUUAAAUGUCCAAGUGGUGUUUCUGUGCAAGAAUUGCGAGAAGCUUGUGAUUAUUUGAUGGUUCCGUUUGAUGCACAAACAAUAAGAUGUCAGAAUUUGAGGGGCUUGCUGCAUGAACUUUCAAAUGAAGGAGCUAGAUUACAAUUUGAAGCAUUUUUAGAAGAGCUCCUUCUUCCUUUAAUGGUGAAUAGCGCUCAACGAGGAGACCGCGAGUGUCACAUAGUUGUAUUAUUAGAAGAUGAUUUCGUUGAAUGGGAUGCUGAUUAUCCACCAACUACGCAAAUGACAGGCGAGGAAUAUAGUCAGACAGUUGCCAGUAAUGGAAUGUAUAGAUUCUUUAAAUAUAUUGAAAAUAGAGAAGUCGCUAAAUUAGUUUUAAAAGAUCGUGGUUUGAAGAAAAUUCGAUUAGGAAUCGAGGGUUGGCCAACAUACAAGGAAAAGAUCAAAAAAAGGCCGGAUGGAAGAGCAGAGGUAAUUUACAACUACGUGCAGAGGCCAUUCAUUCACAUGAGUUGGGAAAAGGAAGAAGCAAAAAGUCGUCAUGUGGAUUUUCAAUGUGUCAAAUCGAAAUCUGUAACAAAUUUGGCUGAAGCAACUGCAGAUCCGCCACCUUUGGAAAAUAAUAUUGAAGUUGUUGAAUUAUCUCAGAGAAAUGAGUUUGACGAAGUUCCCAAUAAUGAAAUUCGAGGAGGUGAAAAUUUUGUUGCAGAUGACGGAAAUAAUGUACAGCCUGUCAGUCAAGGUGAAUAAAAUCUAACCACUCAAUGUUUUCAAAAUCUCUGAAUUUUUCGAAUUUUUUAAGUACCAAAUUAAUAAUUUCAAAAAAUAAACGAAAUGAAAAAAAAGAACAAAACAAAUAACUGUAUUACUGAAAAGCAAAUGAUGUUGAUUUGUGAAUAAAUGGCAUCAAAUUAGCAAGUAGUUGUCUCACAAAUAAAUCGAUGCGGGAAAUUUCCAUAUACACAAACAUCCAUAGAAACAAUUUCUGAAUGACGCUUGAUAAAUUUUCACAGCACAAAAAUACGUGCCUUAAUGAAUGUAAACAUCUGCGAUAUAACUUAACGGUCGAAAUAUUUU